AUGUUGUCCUUUCUAGACCGCUCGGGCUUCUUUCAUAACAAAGCCAUCUUUGAAAAACUUCUCUCGAAACAUGGCAUCAAAGCCUCCCGAAUAACUUCCAUGAUCAAUGCAGAAAAUGUUGCUGAGGGAAAAGACAAAAUACUCCCAUUCCGAAAAGUGAGAAUUGCUGGAAAGAAAGAGCCAAUCCUGAAACAACAGUGUACAGAGUCGUUGUUCUUGAACAAAAAUUUUGUACCUAAUGAUAACAGUGUGCUUCUUCCGAAUUCGUUGAGUAAUUUGAAAUUGAACGGAGUGGAAGGACAACAAAACGUUUCAUCAUUUUACGAUAUCAAUCGAAUUUGGACAGACAAAAAUAAUCAGGCUUCAACACUUCACGAUGACGAAUUGCAAUACAUUUUCAAACAAAUUACGAGUGUUAUUUCGGAAAAUCAAUUGAUAUUUUUCAGAGAUUUGCUAUUGUCACUCCAACAUUAUUACGACGAUGGAACAGGCAUUAGUGCGCCACAAUUAUUUCACAAAGCAAGGUAUUUUAUUGGCACAGAUAGAAUUUUUAAAGUACCAGCCCAAGUGAAAGUAAUCAAUGCUAAACAAGCAGGAGGUUUUGAAGCUAAAGAACAAUCCCAAAAACCCAUUGAGGAUUCAUAUGUGUACGACAUUGACUUGGAGUUAUAUAUUGAACCAAAGUUGAUUGAUAAGAGUUUAGAAACAGAAAGAGAAGUUGAAGGAUGUCUGAGUUUUAAAAACGAAUAUUUAUUUUUGUUAAGAAGUAAGGAAAUUGAGGUUGAAUAUGUCAACAUUUUUGGAGAGAGAAAGAGAAAAACACUUGAAGGUUUUGCUGCUCGGGUCUUUCAACAUGAAUAUGAUCAUUUAGACGGCAUUAAUAUGUUUGACCGAAUAAUUGACAAGAAAAAGGAUAAAUAUGUGUACGGAGAAGACAUUUACAACUACUUGGAUGACAUGGGCAACUUGCGAGAAGAGUUCAAAUAA